AUGGCAGAAGAAAGCGGGAAAAGCUUUGCAUGCACGGAUCGUCUUUUGGAAAUUAAGUCACAAGUCCAGAAGUGGUGGGAAGAGGCAUAUCAUAGAUUGAGGGGUGCAAAUGUGCUCUUGCCUUUUGCUUUUCAUUGUACUGGGAUGCCCAUUAAGGCCUCAGCCGAUAAGCUUAAGAGGGAGAUUGAGAUGUUUGGAUACCCACCUGAGUUUCCUGUUGUAAAAGAGGAAGGUUCUGAGCAAGAAGAGAAGCCAGAGGGCGAGAGUGCUGGGAAUCAGACUCAACCUGGUGGUAAGUUUAAGGGUAAGAAAUCGAAGGUUGUUGCCAAAUCUGGUGGCAUCAAGUACCAAUGGGAGAUUAUGCAGAGUUAUGGUUUGUCUGAUGACGAGAUUGAGAAGUUCAAAGAUCCACACCACUGGUUGACCUUUUUCCCGCCUCUGGCUGUAGAGGAUUUGAAGGCUUUUGGUUUGGGAUGUGAUUGGAGGCGAACUUUUACUCAAAUAUAUUAA